AUGCCGAUUGCAGUCUCCAAAAACUCUUCCUCUGUCCCUCCGACCGAGGAUGAGGUCGCCUCCCUCGUCCACACUAUUUUCUCCGCCAAAACUUCGCAAGAGUCGCUUGACGCUUCUUACGCCCUUACGAAUCUCUUCAUCAACUCUGUCGGGUACCGCGGAAUCAUCGCCUACAACCUUAUUCCUCAAAUAAAGAAAGCCGCAGCCGAUAAGAAAGAUGGAGCGAAAAGAGAGAGUGCCAUGCUCAUCCUCGGCGCUUUGUUCGAACUGUUUCCCCGAAAAGACCCCCUCAGUGAGGUGGUGUUCCUUAUCCAAGAUGGUGGCAUUCUGAACAUCGCUUUGGAUGCUCUAGCCGACAAAGGAGCCGUCGUUCGUGAGGCCGCUCAAUACGCCGUCGAUGCGCUUUUCGCUGGUUUGAAGCCCGAGUCUCUUGUCAACGCUCUCCUUCCAGCAGUCCUCCGAUACCUUGGCAAAAGCUCCGGUAAAUGGCAGGGUGCAGUAGGCGCCUAUGCCUUGUUGGAGAAAAUGGCCAACAAAGCCAAGAUUGGCACCGGUACUAAAGAUGAAGAGCGACAGAAGGAUCUGCUUCGUGAGGCGAUGGGCAACACUUUGAAGGAUGUCAUUCCAGUAGUCGAAUCUGGCAUGCACGACUUGAAAAAUGAAGUGGCCAAGCAAGCAGUCAAGACAAUGACGGCUGUCACCACCCUCAUCACUAAUGAAGAUGUUAUCCCUCGUAUUCCAUUGCUCAUUACUGCUAUGGAAAAGCCCUCUUCGGAGAGCUUGCAAAAGACAAUCCAUGCUCUUUCCCAGACCACCUUCGUUGCCAUUGUCACUUCGCCAGUUCUCGCCCUUUUGACGCCUCUUUUGGAACGAUCACUUAACACUCCCACGACUUCCCAGGAAGUGCUCCGUCAAACCGUUGUGGUCGUGGAGAACUUGACAAAACUCGUGCACGACCCCACAGAAGCCAGGACCUUCCUUCCCAAGCUUAAGCCUGGUGUACAGGCCGUUGAAACUCGUGCUUCACUUCCCGAAGUGCGUGAACUCGCCAACAGAGCCUUGAGCGUUAUCAAGAAAGCUAUGGGUGAUGAUAAUGGAAAUGUCGCAGACGGAGCCGUCGUCAAGACUACCUCUGACGAUGUGUUGAAGGUCCUCGAUGCUAAGAUUGUCGCUCACGGUGGACCAGCCCAGCCAGGCGAGGCCAAAUUCUUCGAUAUCGUCAAGUCUUACAUUGCGGAUAUGGUCCGCGAGGACAUCAACGUCAGAAUGCUUGAUCGCAUUACCGAAUGUGUUGGGCCUUAUCUCGCCACUUUUGUUCAAGACGGACAAAAUGACGCCGUUGCUUCUGAGGUCCAGGAACAUUUUGUUGAGGAAGACCACCGCAGAUUCGGCGCUCCGGUCCAAGAAGAUGAUGGUGAGGUCGAAAUUGUCAACGCAGACUUUUCCCUCGCCUACGGUGGUAUGCUUCUGUUGUCUCACACCAACCUCCGCCUAUUAAAAGGGCAUCGUUAUGGUCUAUGUGGUCGCAACGGUGCGGGUAAAUCCACACUGAUGCGCAGUAUCGCCAAUGGAAAGCUUGAGGGAUUCCCGCCCAAGGAAGUUCUCCGUACUUGCUUUGUCGAGCACAACCAAGGCGAAAGCGCUGAACUCAGCAUUCUCGAAUACUGUGCUCAUGACCCCGAGCUCCAGAAUGUCAGCAAGGAAGAAAUUUCCACUGUGUUGAGCGAGUUCGGCUUCACCGCUGGUCCUGAAGGCCGUCAAUCACAGAAGGUCGGAUCACUCUCUGGUGGUUGGAAAAUGAAACUCGCUCUUGCCCGUGCCAUGCUCAUGAAGGCCGAUGUUCUUUUGCUCGACGAACCUACUAACCAUCUCGAUGUUGCCAAUGUCAAAUGGUUGCAAGAAUAUCUCAAAGCCCACACCGACAUUACCAGUCUGAUCGUCAGUCACGACUCUGGAUUCUUGGACGAGGUCUGCACAGAUAUUUACCACUAUGAGAGCAAAAAGCUCGUGUGCUACAAGGGUAACCUUGCAGACUUUGUCAAGGUCAAGCCAGAAGGCAAGAGUUACUACACUCUGUCUGCAUCCAACGUUCAAUUCAAGUUCCCAGCUCCCGGUAUCCUGACUGGCAUCAAGUCACAGACCAAAGCCAUCCUUCGAAUGACCAACUGUACAUACACAUACCCAGGAGCCAGCAAACCUUCCAUUUCAGAUGCCAACAUCACGUUGUCUCUCUCUUCUCGUACCGCUAUCAUUGGAGGUAAUGGUGCCGGAAAGUCAACCUUCAUCAAGCUCUUGACCGGAGAGACUGUGCCCCAGACUGGUCGUGUUGAGAAACACCCCAACCUUCGUAUUGGAUACAUCAAGCAGCACGCUCUUGAGCACGUCGAGAUGCAUCUCGAAAAAACACCCAACCAGUAUCUGCAAUGGCGAUAUGCCAACGGUGACGAUCGCGAGGUGUACCUCAAGCAGACUCGUAUUUUGACCGCUGAAGAACGUGAGCAGAUGGAGAAGCCCGUUGACCUUGGUGGUGGUCAAGGCCCCCGACGCAUUGAAGCUCUUAUGGGUCGACAAAAGUGGAAGAAGUCGUUCCAGUAUGAAGUCAAAUGGGUUGGAUUGCUUCCCAAAUUCAACACCAUGAUUUCCCGCGAGACGUUGACCGAGUUGGGUUUCUCCAAACUGGUGCAAGAAUUCGACGACCAUGAAGCGUCCCGUGAAGGUCUCGGUUACCGUAUCCUCGAACCCAAGGUCAUCGCCAAGCACUUUGAAGACGUUGGUCUGGACCCCGAGAUUGCCAACCACAACCAAAUCUCUGGCUUGUCUGGUGGUCAAAAAGUCAAGGUUGUUUUGGCCGGCGCCAUGUGGAACAAUCCCCACUUGUUAGUCCUCGACGAGCCUACUAACUUCUUGGACCGCGACUCCCUUGGAGGUUUAGCCGUCGCCAUCCGUGACUACAAGGGUGGUGUAGUCAUGAUCUCCCACAACGAAGAAUUCGUCGGCGCCUUGUGCCCUGAGCAAAUCCACAUUGCCGACGGUCGCGUCACCCACCGCACCAGCACAGCCGUGGCGGCGGAUAGAUUCGAAGACAGCCAGCCCGGCUCCCCUGCACCCAACAGCACUGUCCCCAGCACCGUGGCCAGCUCUGUCGUGUCCAGCGCCGCACCAUCAGCCGUCAACUCCGGUGCCGAAGAUACCGGCGAGCUGAAAUUCAAGGCCAGGAAGAAGAAGAAGCUUACCCGCGCUCAAGUGAAGGAGCGUGAAGCUCGUCGUCGACUCCGUCAUAUCGAGUGGCUCAAUUCACCAAAGGGUACCCCCAAGCCUGUCGAUACUGACGAUGAGGAAUAA